AUGAGUAACCAAAGCCAAAGUGCCACCGCCAAGGAGCCCUGUGUGCAAAUGGCGAAAAUUGCAGAGCAGGCCGAAAGGUACGAUGAUAUGGCAGAAGCCAUGAGAGACUGUGUGCAUGUUGUCCAUAGCGGCCCAUCUGGAUCCCCGCUCGACAACGAGGAACGUAACCUGUUGUCAGUGGCGUACAAGAAUGUGGUCGGGGCUCGGAGAUCUGCCUGGAGAGUCGUUUCCAGCAUAGAAUCCAAAACAGAAGGCAGUGAUAGGAAAGUCCAGAUGGCGAGGAAGUACCGUGAAAAGAUCGAGGAGGAGCUGAAGACGAUAUGCCACGAAGUGUUGGAUUUGCUGAGCAAGUAUUUAAUUCCAAAAGCCCAGGAAGACUCAGCUCACCAUGAUAGUCUUGUGUUCUACCUCAAAAUGCAGGGCGACUACUAUCGUUACUUGGCAGAAGUCUCUGUAGGCGAUGAAAGAAAUGCCAACGUUGGCAGAUCAAAUGAUGCUUACAAAAAGGCCACUGAAAUAGCUAAAGAGAAGAUGCAGCCAACACAUCCUAUCAGAUUAGGACUGGCCCUCAACUUCUCUGUCUUUUACUAUGAGAUCAAGAACGAGCCUGACGCUGCUUGCAAGCUGGCAAAAGAUGCAUUUGAUGAAGCUAUUGCCGAGCUAGAUCAGUUGAAUGAAGAAUCAUACAAAGACAGCACAUUGAUAAUGCAACUGUUGCGAGAUAAUCUAACUCUAUGGACAUCCGACUCACAGGCUGAUGAGGGGCAGGAAGCCGAAAAUCUGGGAUAA